GAGUAACGGCCAAUCAUAUCAUAUACCACUAAAACACCCAGAAUCCCCACAAACCGAAACCAGAGAGUGAGAAAAUGCGGAGCAUAACGCUAUCGCUUAAAACUCAUUCUUUGCCUUACUCUCCAUGCCCUAAGCCCCUCAAUUGGCAAUCGUUCUGCUCAUACCAUAACCGUUCCAAGUUCCUAUCGCGAAGUUCAAAUGUGAACUUCAGGUAUCGUCUUCAGUUGAGGCAUUACACACAGGAUUCUAGAAGCAUUUGCAAGGCAUUCAAGUUCCUAAAUGGAAGUAGUAUGAAAACCAUGAAGUGGAUGAACAAUGGGAUCCAGUUUGAAGAUCUUGAGAAAGAAUGUCCAAAAAAUAAACAAAGGUUUUUAUCUUCACUUGAUGACGGUCUUGCUCCUUAUGUGUCAGGUCACCAAUACCUGAAGUUUCUUGUGCUCUUUGGGUUACUCACUUUUGAUGGAACUCAGCAAGCACUUGCCAGUUCAGAUUUUUCUACUGGGUUGAAUUUAGCUUCGUAUCUGGGUGACCUUGAUGAUCUUAGCACAGGUUUUGCUUCAGCUUUCUUGCUCAUAUUCUUCUCUGAACUUGGGGAUAAAACCUUUUUCAUUGCGGCACUUUUAGCAGCCAGAAACUCUGCUGCUGUUGUUUUUGCAGGAACUUUCACUGCACUUGGGGCAAUGACCAUCAUUUCGGUUGUCCUUGGACGAACUUUCCACUACAUUGACGAGAUCCUUCCUUUCAGUUUUGGUGGCAAUGAUUUGCCUAUUGACGAUAUUGCUGCCGUAUGCCUUCUGAUUUACUUUGGAGUUACAACUCUGCUGGAUGCUUCUUCAAGUGAUGGCCUAAAGGGAGAAGAGGAACAAAAGGAGGCAGAGCUAGCAGUUUCCGAGUUUUCGGGAAAUGGUUCAGGCAUUCUUGCUGCUGCUAGCACAGUCUUUAGCACCUUCCUGCUUGUUUUUGUUGCUGAAUGGGGUGACAAAUCCUUUUUCUCCACAAUAGCACUUGCUGCCGCCUCUUCACCUCUUGGAGUCAUUGGAGGAGCACUAGCUGGACAUGGAGUUGCAACUUUGUUGGCUGUUUUAGGUGGCUCUUUGCUAGGAACAUUCUUAUCUGAGAAGGUUAUUGCCUAUGUUGGAGGAACACUUUUUCUAGUCUUUGCGGCUGUAACAUUGGUAGAGAUUGUUACAUAGAUGAGGAUCUACCAACCCCCAGCGUCAUCUUCAACUAUUUGUGUGCGUGUGUAUGGAGAUUAAGAGAAUUUACAAUGGGAAACCUUAUUUAAUUUGUAUUCUUAAUUUUUAUCCUCUUUCUCUCAUAUGCAUAAAAACUUUCUUAUAUAUAGUCUAAUAUAGCAUGUUAUUGGUACUAAACUCAA